GUAACACAUGAUAUGUUUUUCUUUCCCUUGAGAUUUGCGUAUUGUUCAGUCAAUCGUUUUUUGUUAAAGGUUAAAAAGGAACAAUCUUUUACAGUAUUUGUUUGGCACUCUGUCUAUAUAGUAUGUAGACACGCACAAAACCCAGCGUUUUAGUUCUAUUAAUAAUCUUGCAAAAUUCCGAUAAAACCAUAUAUUGAUCUUUCUCACUAACCAUAGAUUCCUAAGCCUCUGUGAACUCUUUUUAUAGAGUUAUACUUCGUUUAUAAAUAGAUUUUGUGUCUACUUCUUCAGUUUUCAUUUCUAUAUAAAUACUUGUAUCUGAUCCGAUUUUUUCUCUCUUUAUCUGGGUGCUCUUUUUCUGAGAAGAAUUGGGAGAUUUGAGGGAGAAAAGGGGGAUUUUGGAAUCAAGAGAUUUUAUGUCGGCAAGUUUUGAUUUGGGUGUUGUGUUUGGGGCUCCGUUGAAGCUCUGUUCUUGUUCUUACAAAUCUUCCUCUGCUCUCUGCAUGCAAAAAUCCCUCUGCUGUGAAAUCCGGCAGAGAAACUUCGUUCUCUUCCCAACUGUUUCGAUGCGUUUGAGGCCCAAAAGGACUUGUUCUGGUGUAGAGUGUUUUGGUGGAUAUCUCAUAAAGCGAUCAUUAAAUCUUUUUGUGUUCUUGAGAGGUCCACUUAACAAUCCGUGAUAACUUAUUCUCUUGAAGCCAAUUUUUUUCCCUGCCUUUUUGUUUAAUUUAUUUUGGAUAAACACAAUUUUCUGGGUAUUCUAUUGAGGGGUUUUUGAGUUAUUGAGGCAAAUUAAAGAUGCCUGAGCCUAGGAGACAAUUGUCACCGAAUCGACUAAGUGUUGGCAAAAAACUAAGAAACAAGGGCGAACCUACUAAACCCAUGAGGAGGAUCCGGAUUGUUUAUGAUGACCCGGAUGCUACUGAUUCAUCAGAUGAUGAUGGAAUCUGCGAGAAGAGGGUUAAAAGAGUUGUACGGGAUGUUUUUUAUCCGACUGGGGACUUCUGUCAGACGCCGAAAGCCCCUGAAACAGGGAGUUCAGUUCAGGAAAGUAGCAGUGGGGGAAAGAACCUAAAGAAGAAGAGGGUUUUAGCCGUUACUGAAAACAAGCGGAGUACUAUUCCUCGGAAAUACAGAGGUGUUCGGCAGCGCAAAUGGGGCAAAUGGGCUGCUGAAAUUCGCGAUCCUUUUAAGCAUAGAAGGGUCUGGUUGGGUACUUAUAAUACUGCUGAGGAGGCAUCGAGAGCUUAUGAAAUGAAACGCUUGGAAUUUGAGGCAUUGGCUAAUAGCAUUGACUCAUCUGAGAAGAGUUCAGAGGAUAAACACACUGACACUGAUUGUUCUGUGGUGGGUUCUAAGCCUGUUACUAACCCGAACAAAAAACUUGCUGGUGUUUGUGUCUCUGAGGACUCAAGUGGAAGUAUGGCAUCACUUGCGACGCAAACAUCCCCAGCAUCAGUGCUGGAAUUGGAUUCUUCAACCUCUGCUUCUGGAAUCAAUGUCAAGUGUGAUGAUGAGAAAUCCGAAAAUGCUGUUAACAAAAAAAUGGCUGAUUCUGAACUAAUGGAUAUGGAAAUCUCAGCGUUGGCUCAAAUUGGAGAAGGAAUGGACUUGGAUUUCGAGCUUGACGCUCUAAUGACUAUGGAUUUUGAGCCACCGAUGGAUGAAUUUUUCAGUGGUUUCGAAGACCUUCCUGGUUUUGAGGAUGCUGGUCAUCCUAGCGCACUGCCAGAUUUCGACUUUGACUUCAAUUUUGAGGUUUGCAAUGAUGUCUUAUCUUGGAUAAACGAAGAACCGCUGAUGAAUAAUGAAGCACCCCGAAUGAAUGGAACUCCUGCACCCCUCAAUAUAGCUUGCCUUUAAAUUUUGCAGCUACUAGGAUUUAAAUUAUAAUUAUCAUUAGUAUCUCUUUUAAGUUAUAGUUUUCUCGGAGAGUGUCAUUUUUCCCAAGAACUCGAAGAUUCAGUUGUCGAGACGGUUUCAUUAAGAGCGUUCAUUUGUAUUUUAUGAGAGUUUUCAUGUGAGGGAGUUUUCGAAAUUUACAUUCCUUUGGGUUUUCCUGUGCUAUUAGAGCUGACCAAAGGGUAUUCACAGUAAACUCUGGUUAUGAUUUUGGUAAACGUAAGAGAUGGGAAAUAAAUUAUGGUUUUUGAUCUUGAA